GACUGACAGUUCGACAGUUGAUUUCGCGAGGAAUCGGUCGACACAUGGUGAAUUUUCGUGUCGGUACACGUGGAAUCGCAAACGAACCUGUUGCUUGCAGUUUUCACGGUCAGUCUGAACGAAUGUGCGAGUGCAGUGACUCCAGUGUAUGAAUUAUUAUGAAUUAAAAUAUGUCCGACUCACAAGAAUUUGAUAAUAAAAUGCAUGUGAACGCUUCUAGUACUUCCGCGACCCCGAGAACUCCGCCGAAUUGCGCUCGAUGUAGGAAUCAUAGAAAAAAAGUCGCUCUUAAAGGACACAAAAGAUACUGUAUGUACCGUAAUUGUAUUUGCGAAAAAUGUAGAUUAACAUCGGAAAGACAGCGGGUUAUGGCGAUGCAAACUGCGCUGAGACGCGCUCAAGCUCAGGACGAAGCCAUGCUAAGAACCGGAAACGCAAAUCAGGAGGAUUUCGCUCUGGAUCAGCACAGCCCUCCGUUAGUUACCUCUUUGAAAAAACGCGUUGAUUGUGAUUCUUCCGGUUCUUCGCAAUGCUCCGAACAACCGCUUCCUACCAAAUUAAUGAAAUUGACGCCGGUUCCUUUAGCUGAACAAAGUCCGCCACUCAUUACCUCCAUUAAACGUAGGAUGGAUUGUGAUUAUACCAAUUCGCAUUGUGUCGAACAACCUCAACCGUCUUCUAAAGUUGUUAAAUUAACUUCGACCAGUGAAAUGCCCUCUACUAAUUCCGCCAACAUGAGUUCCAUGAACGAAUGUCAUUCUUACUCAGAACUUAAAGCACACCAGAGCUCAGAUCUACUAGAAGACUGCCAAAAGUUAUUAGAAAGGUUCAAAUAUCCCUGGGAGAUGAUGCCACUGAUGUAUGCAAUCCUCAAAGACGCUAGAGCGGAUCUGGAAGAAGCUUCCAGGAGGAUAGACGAAGGCAAAAGAGUGGUGAACGAAUAUUCAAGAAUUCACAAUUUGAACAUGUACGAUGGAGUGGAACUACGAAACUCAACCCAUCCGAAGACAAGUACACAAGACAGAAGAACGCAAUUCAACAAUUCAACGUUCAAGUCCGUUAAUCUGCAGUUUAAGUGUAACGUCCUCAUUUAAAUCUCAGUUCCAUCGACGUAAGAAAUCAAAGUAUUUUAAAUCUGGAGAAUAAGUAGUUAGUUAUUUUUAUGAAGUUCCGUAUUAGUUAAGUUAAGACACUUUAAAAAAGACAUUGCGUAAAUAAAAGAAAUAAAUAUAAUGACAAAGUACCUUAAAUUUUUUCUAUAAGUUUUAUUAACGUUGUUGUAUUUGUAAUAUAAAUUGUGAAGUAUUUUGGAAGAGAAGGUUGAAUAUCAAGACUCAACUUUUGUUUGGUCAGACUGCAGAAACUCUCCUCAACCUGUGUCAACGAGUGAAGGAUUCGUUUCAAGUGUCCUGGAAGAUGAUUUCAUUGGUGGGUGUUAUUUUGAAGUAUUCCAAACAAAAAGAAGAAGACGCUUUUAUUAGGAUAGAAGAAGCUUUCCGGGAAGUCCAAACUAUAUUAGCAGCUAGAGCAUUGCCUAGUAUCUCGCUACAAUGCAGCUAUCAAACCAUUCCAUAUCCUAACUUGUAUCCAUCAGCGCUGUAUCAGCCCUGGUUCUUACCUCCAAUCUGUCAUUAUCCCUCGUCGACGCUCCUCACUACGGCACCAACAGUUUGCUCUUCACCAACAUCUCCAAUCACACCAACCUCGCCGUUAGCCAAUUCUACGCCAAAUAGGCCAAGAUCUAGCCCAAUUAGACCAGGAAGUCGUGCGUGAUGAGGAUAUGAAUUCCAAUGUACCUAAAGAAUCUAAUUUCACUAGUGUAGAUAUAUAUAUAUAAGGUGUUGUGAUUGAAAUUUAUUCUAAUUUGUGAGUAAACAUUCGUAAAUGUUCCAAUCGAAUCCGUCUAUUCAACAUAUAAUCGUCCUGGUAAUAACAAUAAUUUAUUAAUUGUAGCAAUAAAUAUUCGGUGCAUUUGAGCAGUAUAAUCAUUAAUUAAGGAAUAUCAAUCAUGUUAUUCAUUAGAAAAGUACCGAAAAUAUAUUCGACAACAAUUUUAAUGAAUCCUGAGAUAAUUUUACAUCAAAGUGAAGUGCACGUAAAAGUUUUUCCUCUCAGUUAUUUUCGUUAUUGUUCUUUUCUAGGUAAAAUCAUGGAAAUUGCCCACAUAAUUCAUUCUUUGAAUUAAAAAAAUUUUUGACGAUAUUAGAAAGUUAUUUACAUCGUAUUUGAGGGGUUUAUACAAACCUUCGAGAACUUAUGAUUAAAAAAUCAUUUUAAAUAUAUUUAGACAUAUUCCCAACGUGAGUUAUUCGCAAAACAAGCUUCAUAAGUUGGUUAGUCAUCUAUAAUAGUAUAUAAAGUUAUGUGAAAAUAAUAUUACACUUGUCAUUUAUUCAUAAUAAAUUGUGAAAUUACAAGAGACAAUGGAAAUCUCAAACUUAUAUUGAAAUUAAUUUAACACUGAUUGAAAAUAUAUAUUUAUACAACGGUUCUACAGCUUCCUUUGCCGCAUCCCGCAAUCGUCUUCCUUGAUAGCUCUGUCUUUCAUGGUGUAUUCAAUUCCUUUCUACCAGGUCCUUGAGGAUCUUCUUCGUCUUCUUCUAUUCUGUAGUUGAUACAUCAAUGGUUUUUCAUCCAACUGUUCUGCUUUAUCCUCUGUACUGGAUAUCCUCCACGAUCUUCUCAGGUAGUCCAAUUCCACGCCGUUAUUAUUUUCUCCUAUAUUCCUGUGUAUUCAAUUUGUUCCUUUCAUGUCUUUGAGGAUCUUCUUCGUCUUCUUCUAUACUGUAGUUGAUCCAUCAAUAGUUUUUUCGUCCACCUGUUCUGCUUCAUCCUCAUCACAUGUCUGUACCAGAGAAGUUGUUUAGUCUGUAGUCUCUCUGAAUUUAUAUAUAAUUGACCUGGUCAUCGUCGCAUAUCUUUCGAGUAUGCUUUUUGCUGGAUAUCCUCCACGAUCUUUUCAAGUAGUCCAUUUCCAUAGCUUAUAUUGUUUUCUCCCGUCGUCAGUUGCCAGCACUCGCAGCCAUACGUUAAAAUGACUUUUCAAUAUUUUAAUUUUUGUAUUUAGUUUAAUUUUUUUUGACCAAGCAAUGUUCAGAAAUUGUGUAGCUUUUUUCCAUUGAUCGAAAAUAAUCAACGAAACUCUAGUUUCUUUCAGACUACCUAUGACAGAAAUUUUUGAAACUACAGUACGUUAAAACAAUUCAAAAAAUUGUGAUUGAGAGUGGUCAAUAACUAUACGAGGUGAGGUUAUUAAAUAACGAGACUGAUUAUGUAAAACUUCUUCUUAUUUUGAUAUUAUGUUUAUUUAUUGUAUUUGUCGUGGAAGAGCAACCCGAACGUAAAUCAUCUUCUCGGCCAUCUUGAAAACAUUUAAACGACUCAAAAACCAAAGAAACGUGGAUGCGACAAACAUUCAUUGCCAAACACUUGUUUCAAUAAAUUUUCGAAUACAGUUUUCCCAAGUUGCUGGAUUUUGACGUCGAUCGAAACCAAAAAAAAGGACUUAUACAAACGAAGGCCACGACUACACUGGUUUGUCUACAGACACGGUAGGCAUCGCAUUCGAAAGAGGAGGUUUCAGGCUAGACAGCUGACAGUCGCUAGUAUUUGGGGCAUGCGUACUUUUUCAGUAGCAGUGCCACACCUAGUAUUAUAAACUUAAGUCAUUAGCUUGUUAUGCUGUGGACUAACAAGAAAAGGUAUUGCACGUUAUCAUAACUUUAAUUAUAGGGAAGAAAAAUAUUUAUAUUCGCAUUUGAAAAAGCAAUGUUUCAUAAAAAAAUUCGAUAUGUUAAUAGCCAAACCAGUUUGAAAUUUUUGCACCUCACACUUAGUAAAGCUGGAAUUCUUACAGGGUAAGCUAGGUGUCUUGAUAUUAUUCCCAUUGACUUUUGCGCUUAGGCACAUACAUGUGAAAGAGAUCCGAAAUCGAAACUAUUCACACUGGUUUCAAAUUUUUAACAUUUCUAUGCUUCAUUGACCUUACAAAAGCAUUUGAUUAGACUAGACCAUUUAAAACAUAUACUCAAACCUGCAGGUGUGAAAUCUAGUACGAAAUUGAAUUAAUAAUUUGUGCAAUUUCAAUUUCGAACAUCAUGAUAUAAUUUCAUCAAACAAAAAGUCAAAUGUGGGUAGUUACCAAGCUAGUUUCUUAAAAAAAUUACAUCGAAAAUAUCAUAAUUCACAAAAUUCCGUACUAAGGUAAUUAUUAAUAAUAUCUAAAAAGUUUUUUAUUUUUUAUUGUAAGGGUUGAAUCAACCCACCAAACACCAUGUACAUAAUAUAUUAAAGUACUAGAUGAUAUUACGGGGGAAGUUUGAAUACUAUGAAUCGUUUCCCGUAAGAAAGUGAAUACAUAAAAUAUGGUUUUUAAUUACAUUGAAAUAAAUGUUUUUCAUUGUUGGUAAUAAAGAACCCCCUUCGUUUUUAAUCAUAAUUCUAGCUUAAAAGCUGCUCUUUCCCUUUCAUUGCAUUGUUUAAACACUUUAUAAUCCCUAUUUAUAUCUAUUUCGUAUCUGUAUUAAUGAAUAUUGUUAAAAAUGAUUAAUUUUAUACCGAAAUAUCCAAAACUCACAAAAAUUCUAAUACAAAAUCUAUGUGACAUUCAUUAAGUUUUAUUCAAUCCAUUUUCUCUAGUUAAUUUAGUUGAAUUGAUUUGUGAGUUCUCUUUUAUAGAAAAGGAAUGUCUCCAAAAUAUUCUUUGAACAUCGGAAAAAGUUUCCUGGAGGAAAUAUAUGCAUUGGAUGUUCCUUUUGAAGCGAUACAUCCCAUAUUCAUCCCUUAGCUUAUCUGCACUUAGACUCUCUUUAUAUCAAUGAAAAUGACACUUCCAACACUGAUUAACAACCCCCACGUCUAUAGUAUAAAGUCAAACCUUUUUUAAAUUUGAUAUAAAUAAAUCAUUCAGUAAAUCCGUGACUUUCUAAAUGGGUUUUUCAUUUUUUUAACGUAGUUCCCUUUGAACUGCAUAUUCUUUCCUCACAACAAGUUUUUGCUAGAAAAAGAGUUAAAACUCUCACCGCCGAUGCACUUCUUCAGGUCUUGGUACAAUGAAUAGUCAUUUGUUUUUAACAAAUCAUUAGUAACUCCAAAUUUUGUUCUUGUCUAUUAUUCUCGGCUGUUUUGUCUCUAUUAUGUUGUGAAUCUGCAUUUCGUUAAUAAGUAGAUCCUGCAUAAAUUUUUCGAGAAGCUUUCUGAUAUUUGAUAAUUAAGAAAUUAAACUGCGCAAGAAUGUAAGAUGGCUACACAAUCUGCCCAUUUCUAAUACUAUAUUGUGACGUUUAUUAGAUUUUUUCGAAAGUAGAUAAAUGAAUUAGGCGUUUGGAACGUUCACCAUCAUUAGUUGACGGUGAAAAACUCCCAUAUGAUCUAUCAACAGUGAUGUAUAAUAUAUAUAUAUAUAUAUAUAUAUAUAUAUAUAUAUAUAUAUAUAUAUAUAUAUAUAUAUAUAUAUAUAUAUAGUUAAUCAGUGCAUGAAAUUUCCUUUGUCUUCUCAAUUUACCAUGAAAUUGAUUAUUGAAUACAAGCUAAAUGACACAGCCUAUUCAAAUUGUGACAGAAGCUGAGUCGCGGAUUUACCCACCCCUUUAUUUGACCAAAAAGUGAGUUUUCUUGAGAAAGAAAUUAAUUUAUUUUGUUUUAUUGUGACACAUUUCAUUUUAUUAACUAUCUUCUGGUUGUCUCAAAUUUGUCUAGGAACUUUAUCAGGAAUUGGAUUGGAGUUGAGGUUAUGUAGUUGGAAUCAUCUUAUCUCAUUAUUUUCAUAAACGGAAUCGAAAUAUUAAAUUGAUACUAGUAUAAAAAAAUUAACUGUCAUUUACCUGUGAAAAUGAUUUAUUAAUUAACAAUUAAUUUUGUUGAUUUGUAUAAAUUUGAAGACGUCAUGAUUUAUUAUUUAAAUGACAGUUAUUGUAAGCACGUCUUAAACCAAAAUCAUAAUUAUAGAUAUAAGUGAUGUAUGUUAUAAAUGUAU